UGGUUGCUGGUAAUCAUGUGUACUGACAAUAUGGCGGGACAGAAAUAUACAGGGAAACUGAAACAUUUCAGAAAUAUAUUUUGGUUCUCUUGCGUCUUAAUUGUUUCAACAAAUCAUUUUUACAAUGUUAGUGCUCAGACUGAAAGCACCGUGAUGACAGUCACUGACGCAAACUGGACCCUUAUUCUCGAAGGGGAGUGGAUGUUAAAAUUCUAUGCCCCAUGGUGCCCGGCGUGCCAGCACAUACAAGCAGACUGGGAAGCUCUUGCCAAAGAGAGCAAGAACCUUGGCAUAUCAGUUGGAAAGGUUGAUGUUACACAACAACCAGGCUUGAGUGGGCGGUUUCUAGUUACCACACUGCCAACGAUUUUUCAUGCUAAAGAUGGAAGUUUCCGAAGAUACAUGUCCUCCCGCACCACUGAAGAUAUCCGAGCGUAUGUUGUGCAGAGAAAGUGGGAAGCUGUGGAGCCUCUGCCAGGAUGGAAAUCACCAUCAUCUAUUCUGAUGUCAGGAAUGGCUGGUCUCUUCCGUCUCUCUGUGUGGAUUAGGCAAAUCCACACAUACCUAAUGGAGACUUUUGGCAUUCCCUCGUGGGGCUCUUAUGUGAUCUUUGCCAUCAUAACACUCUUCAUGGGACUACUCCUUGGUCUGAUGCUGGUGCUGAUCGCUGACUGCAUUUGCCCAUCCAGGCCAAAACAUAAAGUGGACAAAACUGUGUAUGUGAAGGCUGAAGGCUCUGAAGAUGAGGUGGAUGGUGCCCCAACAGAGGAUAAGCGCAUGUCGGACCUGGACAAUGAGAGCGAGAGGGUGUCCGCAGAGGAGUCCACUGAUGAGGAACGAAUCCCUGUCUCCGAGAUUGCAGCCAGUAGUAGUGAUGAGCCUCAGCCAGAGGGGGCAGCAGAGGCCUCCGUGAGGAAGAGGAAGCCUCGGGGACCCAACAGUCCUGCGGGGACCUAAUGCAGCAGUGGUGAAAAUCUGAAAUGAAGUUUUAAACCAGAACAGGGAGGUCCUGCAUCUAAAGGGGGGAGGGGGUGAAAUGCCAGAGGGUAAGUGCAGAGAGCUGAUUUGCUCUUCGAUGCUCCUUGUUUAUCUGCAGUGUUGCCAACUUCUUUCUUCCAGUCUGUCUCUAUCUCUGUGAGCUCAUGCCUAUGGAUACCACAGUAUCGUUUGAGUUUUAGGAAACAUUUUAUCUGUUUAGGAACAAAAAUACAAAAAUGGUUGCUGUGGAAGCAGUAUGUUUAAAAGUAUGUUUUUAUUUAUUUAUGCACGCACACACACACACACACACACACACACUAGAACAUAUUUUAAGAAGAACCAAAACACUUCUUAAACUUUUUUUUUUUUUUCCAGGAUAGACAAUUAAUGCUGAGUACAUUUUGUUCAUGUUUGUGCCAUUGUUUUUGUAUUACUAGCUUUAAAUUCCCCUGUUAAAUGUAAUGACUGCUUCUCUGCAAGUGUAUGCUUUAUAGCAUUCCACUGCCAGGGUGGAGGACGUCAAGCACAGCCAUGGUGGAUCCGGGUUUGUAACGUUCAGUUAAGAGCCAGGACACGCUAAUGUAGCAAAGCUCUGGUGUGACUGGCUGAAGGCAUCUGAUGUACAUGGUGGUGAAUUCACUCCAAAUGUCAGGACAAUCAUCAUAACAAACAAUGUGUGCACAGUGUCAGCAACUUUCUACGUGAAGGUGUCAAGAUUUGAAUGUUCAUUUUCUGGAUUGUUCUUUGUCUGCUUACAUGAAAUAUUUGUUCUUUUUCUUUUUCAUUUAAAAGUGUAGUCUUGAUAUUUUACCCCCUGCUAGUCCUGCAGAUAAAUUGGAUAUUAAAACCAUGCAUACAGUAUUGUACAAAAAUGUAUUGGUGCAGUGAUGUCAGGAUUGACAUUUUUGCUGUGUGUUCAGGCCAAUAGUAUUAAAGAUGAAUGAAUAAUAUGAGGCAAACGUAAAGAACAGAGUCUUUUAUAUUGUGCAUUAUUUCUGAGCUUUUGUGUUUUAUGAUGUUAGAUGAUGAAUGCUUUGCCACAAAAAUAAAUAAAUAAAUUCCAUGCACCAA